UACACCCGGAAGUUUGGUUAUAGAAUUUAUCAAAGGUUAGGGUUUCCUGUGUGAACGUGAAAGACAAGCAUAGAGAAGAUGAAGAUACCACUCCUAGUGUGAGUAGGUCAGAGAAAAAGUGAGGAGAGGCUCGUAGACGAAUAGACCAGAAUCAUAUGGAAGACUUAUUGAGACUCUGAGAGCAAGUACAUGGGCAUGAGAAGGUAGGCGAGGUGGAAGCUGGAAGUCUAUGGUAAUAAUGAAAAAAAUGGAAUUUAAGAUUUCAGAGGUGGAACCGUUUCUUGUGAUGACACAUUCAGGGUGUGCCAUGGGAUUGUGAGCACGAGGAGAAGUCCGAGUACAGCUUAUUGAAGCUAUACGUGUACAACAGUAGAGGCUUCAUCUGCACCAUUGACCACAGGGCUCCCAAAGACAUGGUGGUGUUUCUUUUCCCCCGUUUAUCUUAAUUUCUGUUUGUUCCACAUUUCCAGAAUAUGGCUUCUGGGGUGAGACCAGAGAUGGGAAGGCAUGAUGCACUUUAAGGGGAAGAUUAGGGAGCAUCAUUCCAGUUGUCUCCUACCCUGUUGCUUUGCCACAUCAUGGGCCCUCACCUGAUCAUCACACCUUCAUGGAGUUCCUACUAUGGCUCAGACAGGGUGCUGGGCCCUGAUGAUACAGAAAUUAUUAGAACCCAGUUAAUGUCUUCAAAGAGCUCUGAUGGGAGAAGCAGGAACAUAGAUAAACUCUUUCAAUCUCUAACCUUUUGUGUUGGAGACAGGAUGUCUGAAAGAAAGUGAAGAACCCCCCCAAUAUAUCUUCAGGGGCUUAUCCCCCAUCUGCACUCUCCCACCUGCCUGCCAUGUUGGGUGUCAAUGGUACCCCCUUCCAGCCAGCCACACUCCAGCUCACAGGCAUUCCUGGGAUGCAGACAGGCCAUGCCUGGGUUGCCCUGGUUUUCUGCAUCCUCUACCUGAUUUCCAUCAUAGGCAACCUCAGCAUCCUCGCUCUGGUGGUUCAGGAGCCUGCUCUGCACCAGCCCAUGUACUGCUUCCUCUCUAUGCUCUCUCUCAACGAUCUGGGAGUGUCCUUGUCUACACUUCCCACUGUGCUUGCUACCUUCUGCUUCAACCACCGCCAUGUUGGCUUCGAUGCCUGCUUGGUCCAGAUGUUCGUCAUCCACACUUUCUCUUUCAUGGAAUCAGGCAUACUGCUGGCCAUGAGCUUUGAUCGUUUUGUGGCUAUUUGUGACCCACUGCGCUAUGCCACUGUGCUCACCAACAGCCGCAUCCUGGCUAUGGGUCUGGGCAUCCUCACCAAAAGUUUCACCACUCUUUUCCCUUUCCCCUUUUUGGUAAAACGGCUGCCCUUCUGCAAGGGCAAAGUUCUGCAUCACUCAUACUGCCUCCAUCCAGAUCUCAUGAGAGUGGCGUGUGGAGACACCCAUGUUAACAACAUCUAUGGACUUUUUGUGGUCAUUUUCACCUAUGGUGUAGACUCAGCGUUCAUCCUGCUUUCUUAUGCAUUGAUCCUCAGAGCCGUGCUGGCCAUCGCAUCUCAGGAGCAGCGGCUCAAGGCAUUCAACACCUGCAUGUCACACAUCUGUGCAGUGCUGGCUUUUUAUGUGCCCAUAAUUACUGUCUCCAUGAUCCACCGCUUCUGGAAGAGUGCCCCACCUGUUGUUCAUGUCAUGAUGUCCAAUGUCUACCUGUUUGUACCCCCCAUGCUCAACCCCAUCAUCUACAGUGUGAAGACAAAGGAGAUACGCAGAGGGAUCCUCAAAGUCCUCUAUAAAUCCCAGAGCUGAGGAAGGCUACUGAGGGAAAGGACUUGGACUUGUUUGCCAGCUUGAGGAAUGCUGAGACACAGGAGGGGAACCAGGACCUUGAUAGUUGUGAAUACAGAACGAAUAAAAGAACAGCUGACUCAAUAAAAUGACCUAAAUAUGUGUUGAUCAUUCACCAUGUGAAAAAGCUAGUGCCAGUCACUAAGAAUGUUAUGAUGGUGAACGAGGUGAAUUGUUAAGUAAGAGAUAGACAUAUCAAGGAAAAAGCAUAUAAAAGAGUAACAGAUGCCCUGAAAAAUGUUUGACAUAUGGAAACAAUGGAAGUUUUACAGAGGAAAUAGGCUGAACACAAAUAAUUCUACUACCACCUAGAGUGGGGGAAAUAAUAAACAUUGGAGACAAAAUUCUGUAAAGGCUUGGUGCUUCAUGUGAGAAAGAGGACCCGUUUGGUUUGUGGAGGUCAAGUUAAGUGUGUGUGUGUGUGUGUGUGUGUGUGUGUGUGUGUGAAGUAGUUUGUGAAAGAUGAGAGGUAAG